AUGCCGCGUUAUGGUUUCAUUAUGUGCUAUUUCUUAUUUGGAAUUCGUAUUCUCUUUGCUAUAUGCACUGCAUUAAUUGCAUAUCCAGUUCUCCAAUUUGAUCCAAAAUACGUGACUAUUCUUGCAUGGAUCAUGAAUUCAAUUACACACAUAUACCAUCUUAUCAACGUAUCAGCAGGAUGGUCCAUGGAAAUUACUGGCACAUGUAUUGUUAUCUUUGAGAAAAUUGUUUCAACACCUUUCAAUCUCUAUGAUGGCAGACGUCUCAAGAACAAAGAAGACAUCAAGAGACCACACCUCAUCAAAUUCGCUCUUACAGAAAAGCCUUCUCUCUUUGAAUGGCUCUCAUAUUGUUUGACUCCUUUCGGAGGAUCAACAGGACCAUUCUUUGAAUUCAAAUACUUCGAUUUGAUGGUUACAGAUCACGAACGCGCUCAUAUUAAAAGCGAUUCUGAAAGCAGAAAACUUGCUUUAUUCAAAUAUUUCGGUUCUUUUGGCUGGGCUGUAGCCACAGUCAUCGGAUUCAAAUACUGCAAGCUUUCCACAUACUAUGAUCCAAAUUACUUGAACAAACCAUUAAUUGUCAGAUUGGCCUUAAUGAUUUUGAUUACUUCCUUCCAAGCCAUUAAGUAUUUCUCAGCCUGGUGGCUUGUUGAAGCUUCUCUUUACGAAUUUGGCUUCUUAGAGUCAGAUUUAGUAGAUUCCAAAGAAUCUCCUUCAUUUACUAACGAAUCCUUCCUUUAUGUCAUCAAGAGCGAAACAUGUGGUCAAUGGAUGCAAAGAUGGAACCAUUCUACCCAUAUUUUCGGGAAGAAUUACUUAUUCUUCAGAUUAUUAGACGCAAAAUACAGUUAUACAUUAGCAUUCUCAGCAGUAUUUGUCUGCAGUGCAUUGUGGCAUGGAUUUAGACCAGUUUACUACAUGAUUCUCCCUGAAUUACUCAUCGCAAUUUCAGCAGACAAAAGAUUGAACAAAAUUUUACCAAACAGUGACAAUUUUUUAGUUGUUUUUUUGAAAAGAUGCUGGGUUGUAUUCACCAUGUUAUCAGCAACAGCUACAUGGUGGAGCUCUACAGCACAGGCAUUCUUCUAUGUGAGAAAAACAGUUAAUUUCGCUCCACAAAUUUUCGAAUUAAUUGUUCUCAUAAUUUUAUAUUUGAUACCAGUCAAAACUGAAAAGAAAGAAAAGAAGGAAUAA